AUGUCGACCUCAACUGCCACCGCCUCCGCCUCGCUUUCCGACCCUCCUCGCCCGGGGCGUCUUCGCCGCUUCAGUCAGCUACGAGCCUACACCCAAAAUCUCUCCCACUCCUCCCCCAGUGGUCAGCGCUCCCGCCCCAGUUUGAGUAGCCGAGUGCCGUGGUUGUCGCCAACGACACCGUCCGGCUCUGUUUCUCCAUCUUCUUCAACGCAAGUGGGGAACUCCACUCCUCCAUGCCCCGAAACUGAUCAACCGACACUGUCUCGCUACACCUCUGCGCCCACCUCCAGCUCCCACGAUCUCGUCGACAGCCAGAUCUCGUUUACUGAAUCAUCGCGAUCGACACCUCCCGACGAGCCGAGCCUGACAACUCAUGCCAUGGCGCGGCUGAGGAGUGCAUCCGCUGUGCAAGGUCGCCCCCCGCGAAAUUUGGGUCAAACCGCCAUCCCAGAUGCGCCCACGUCGUCACCCGAACCGGUUGCUGCGGUGAGCGACACUCCAGUACUGACGGACACGACCCCGGCGGAGAACCAGUCCUCACCAUCAAAACCUCCACAGAAGGCGACCAUUAGGUUUUUCCCCUAUCAGGACUCUUACCAGAGUUCUCGACCUUCGUUGCCAUUCAUUCCCAUUUCGCGCACACUUCCCUCCGAAAGCUGCGUCAUUCGGGUCGGUCGAUACUCGGAGCGCGAUGGGAUUCCCAACCCCAAUCCCUCCGAACCCUCUGAUUCCCCCGUGGGCUUCAAGUCAAAGGUGGUGAGUCGAAAGCACUGCGAGUUCAUGUACAUCAAUGGUCAGUGGCACAUAAAGGAUGUGGGCAGCUCGUCGGGCACGUUCCUGAACCACAUGCGCUUGAGCCAGCCGAACAUGGUGUCUCGCCUGUAUUCCAUCAAGGAUGGCGAUAUUGUACAACUAGGCAUUGAUUUCCGGGGAGGAGAGGAGAUGAUCUUCCGAUGUGUGCGAAUUCGUAUCGAGUGCAAUCGGGCCUGGCAAAAGCAGCAAAACGAGUUUAAUAAAAACACCGAAAGCCUGAUCAAAAACCUGGGCAAAGGGGAAACCGCCGAUUAUUCUGGCUGUCGCGAAUGUUCUAUCUGUCUUGGUUCCGUCUUGCGGCCCUACCAGUGUCUGUUCAUGGCAGCUUGUGCCCAUGUCUGGCACUACAAAUGCAUCAGUCGCUUGUUGCACUCGCCAGAUUACCCCAUGUUCCAGUGUCCUAACUGCCGGGCGUUCACUGAUUUGAGUGCUGAAGUCGAUGACUCGAAUGAUCACGAAGAGGGAAGCGUCCAAGAAGAGCCUGCGCAUGCAGGGGAAGACAACGAGGCCGCAACGCGCUCGGAGACGCAAUCACUCGCAAGUGUACAACAAAAUGGAGACCAAGAGACACAGAAUCAAUUAGAACCCCAUCCUGAAGAACCGGAUCUGGUCACCGAUGUUGAGAAUCUGCAUCUGCAGGAUGAACAGGCCCCCGAUGCGGACACGGAGGAUACUGGAGGCUCCGAUUCCCCCGCUCCAAAUGCGAGCAACGACGACCUUUCUCGCAGUGCCACCGCGAACAUUCCAGGUUGGCAAUCGACUCUACCUCUUAAUGUCCCUACUAGUCGACAUGCCCACCUCCGGGCCGACACGCCUGUUCGCUCGGAGACGUCGGAUGAUAACCCGCUAACUCCGCGAAAUGACUCGGGUCCCCUGGCCUUUGACGGCCGAGCGGGAAUGCCAUAA